CAGUAAGCCAAGCUUGACCUCUCCGCGUCCACAUAAUAAUUAUUUAGUUAUCCUGUUUAAAUAGGACUCGAAGACUACCAAUACAUAAAAAAGCCACGAGAAGAGCAAGAUCGAAGAAAUUUGUGUUGGCUUCUACGAAAUUCCGAUUCUUCUCACCGGAAUGGCUUCCUCGUCGUGUUACGUUGAGAAUUACAGCGUUUCGAAUCUCCGGCAAUUAUUGGAUAAUAAUCCUGCGAAUCAGAGUGUUAGACGGCCCUGUUCCUUGAUGAUCAGCAACCGAAAAGGGAGAACAAACUCGGUGAAGAUGGCGGUAGAGACUGCCAGUUGUUCGAAGAAAUUGGAGCCUCGGAGAAGUUGCGGCAACAGCGCGACUAUUGUUGGCGAAAAGCUGGACGAGUGGAUGCGAGAGUCGGUGGUGGACAUCGUGAAGAACCUACGCGAAGCUCCUCUGUUGGUGCAGGUGUUCGCGGAGGAUGAAGAGAAAGGCGGCGCGGCGACGAGGAUGAAGACGGAGAAGGCGGUGGCGGAGGAGGAUUGGUUGGCGGCGAAGGGAAAGUGGGAGAGCGGAGAGGCUCCGUUGCCGCAGGGGGUUAUAUUGGUGGAAGAGCUGGAAGACGAAGAGGAAGUGGAAGAGGAAGAGGAAGAGGAGGGCGAGGGAUCAGAAGGAGAGUCGACGACGAGGGCGUGGGGGAUAGUGGUGCAGGGAAGAGGCGCGGAGUGUGGACCCGCCUGCUAUCUGUUGAAGACGAGCAGGGUGAGGGGGAUGGCCUCAAUCUGUAGCACCCACUUUUGUUUGGUGAGGGUGAAGGGCUUCAGGGAAACGGCGGCGUCUCAGCUCAAGAAUUGUUGGUUGUCGACGUAGCGUCUCAGCUCAGAACUCGGAAGGGGAUUGAUCGGUCGGUGACUCGGUGCAUUGGAAUUUUAUUUUAUUUUUUCUUUGUAAAUUUCGACAAAUAUUUUUUGCAAUUCAGGAUUAAUUCCUUCGAUCCAUUUAUGAUUCCUUUUUUGAA